AUGUGGGACCCGUUUCGUGACAUUAAUCAUCUGCUUAAUCGCAUUCAGUUCGCCAGUGGUGCCAACUUUUUUGGCACCUCCGCUCGUGGAUCGUGGGUGCCAGCGAUGGAUCUCAUUGAGGAGGAGGGCAGCUACAAGAUCCUUGCUGACUUGCCUGGCAUGAGUCGCAGCGACAUCUCGGUGGACAUUGACGGCCAGCAGCUAUGCAUUGGAGGCAAUCGCAAGUCUCUGCUGAGCGACGACGAACACAAGAAUAUUGUGCUGGCGGAGCGCGGUACUGGGAGGUUUGAGCGCUGCAUACAGCUUCCUUCACGCCUUGAAGAGGACAGUGUGAAGGCCAGCCUGCGGGAUUCUGUGCUAACUUUGCAGGUGAAGAAGGUGAAGGGCUCCACACCGAACCGCUCAGGAACCUCUGUGAAGAUCGAUUAG